CCACAGUUGUGAAGAAGUUGUUUGACCAUGGACCCUGAGUACAGCCUCCAGGAUGUGGAACGGUGUCAUCUCUGUGAGACCCCGGUCCCCCCUCUACACUGUGUCAUUUGUAAAAUGCAUCUCUGUAAAGACUGUAAGGAGAAACAUCUGUCUGAUAAAUCCAAACUACACAAAGUGGUGCCAUCCAAAUAUCGGAGAUCUUUUCCUAAAUGUCAAAAACAUUCAACAAAAAUAUGUGAACGUUACUGUGAACAAUGCAACAUUCCUAUUUGUAAACUCUGUGUUUCCUCUGAGGAACACCAAACUCAUGAUGUAGUUGGCAUUUUAAAAACUUUAGAAAACAAAACACAAUUCUUACAGAGAGAUUUACAAGAUUUUAAGAAAUUCAUUUAUCCUAAAUAUCAAGAGAUUGCAUCUAGUAUUUCAGAACAAAAGGCAUAUCUGAAUGAGAACUCCAAAAAACUGACAACAGCAAUCAACAAACAUGGAGAAGACUUGCACAGCGAAAUAGACACCAUAAUACAGAAACUAAAAUCUGAUCUUAAUGAAAUAGACUCCAAACACCUGGCUGUCUUAAGCAAACAGGAAGAUGCAACCACACAGACCAUUUCUGAAAUCACAAAAAGCAUUGCCGAUUUGAAGAAGUUACUGGACUUCAAUGAUGUCAGCCUUGUCUCUGCCUACAAAUCCAGGAAUGAUGAAUUUAGAAGAUUGCCUCCUAAACUCACAGUGUCCUACCAAAGGUUUACCCCUCAGAGGAUCAACAAAGAACAGCUUUAUCAACAGUUUGGUUCUCCGUCAGCGUCAUCUAUUAAAACAGAAGAACAUGGCUACACAAUGGAUUCUCCCCCGGACAGACCGCUCAUUGAUGUACCACGGAUCAUCACACAGAUAAACACAGAGUACCGAAGAUUAUGCAGUGUGUCCUGUUUGGGUGAUGAAAACAUCUGGAUAAGUAGUUAUGUUUACAAUAUGGUGAGACUCUACAAUCUGCAGGGGGAGCUAAUGAAGUCAGUCCAGACCAAGUCAGGGAACAUUCCAUGGGACAUAGCAGUGACACGGAAUAGGGAUCUAGUUUAUACUGAUUACACAGAUAGAACUUUGAACAUAGUGAAGAAUACACAGAUACAGACAGUGAUCAGACUACGGGGGUGGGGACCUCUAUGUGUCUGUAGUACCUCCUCUGGUGACCUCCUGGUUGUCAUGGUCAGUGCUGAUCAUAAACAAACAAAAGUUGUGUGUUACCUUGGCUCCACAGAGAAACAGAGUAUUCAGUACGAUGACAAAGGACAACCUCUCUAUUCAUCUGGUGGAUUAUAUAACUUUAAAUACAUCAGUGAGAACAGGAACCUAGAUAUCUGUGUGUCAGAUUAUGUAGCCCGUGCAGUAGUGGUGGUCAAUCAGGCCGGGACACACCGGUUUACCUACGCUGGUCAUCCCUUUACUACCUGGGUAUCAUUCUAUCCACUCGGUAUUACUACAGACAGCCAGGGUCGGAUCCUGAUAGCAGACAGUGACAACAACCGUAUCCACAUCCUGGAUCAGGACGGUCAGUUCCUCCGCUACAUUGACAACUGUCAUUUACAGUAUCCACGGGGUUUAUGUGUGGACACCAGAGACAACCUCUUUGUGGCUGAGAGGGACACAGGUAAAGUGAAGAAAAUACAAUAU